AAGUAAAUAUCACGUGAGCCAUAGAAGGCUUUCGUUUUCAGUAAUUUGGUAAAAAAUAGUUUCGCUACUCCACUGAGAAGAUAUUGGGUAUCUAUCGGGUAUCUAUAGAUUUCUACUAGGACACUUGAAUCGUGGUAAGCAUCGCGUGUGCAUUCUUAUUUUGAUAUUGAUUUAGAUUAGAUAUGCUAUCUGGUACAUUCGGACACCCAGCUGGUUAUAAGAGCGUCGUAUCCAGGCAGUGGUAGUACGUGACCUGGAUAAUUAUGCAAUUCUUAGAUGUCUUCGGCAUCCACAGGAUGGGCGUCCUACUUGCCUGGACCGUUAGCAGUUAGCAGCUGGCACAAAAGUUUCUGCCUUCGUACACUCGCCGUCUCGUCGAUAUUAUAGACCUGGAAGAAAGACAAACAAUAACCAGGAACACGAAAUGUCAGUGAAUGCAGUUAGAAUGCCUCUUUUAGCUGAACAGCACGGUUCCAAAUCAGAUGAUGACGAAAAUCUCCAACUUUCUACUUUUUCUGAGGAGCUGGGGAUAAAUGAAGCGGACGGUCAUUCUAAUAAGAGCCAGGGAUCACACCAAACUCCAAAAAGCCACGAGAAUCACCCAACCAUCGUGCUAACUGAAGAACAAGUGGACAAGUUGAUAGACACUUUAGAGACAACACGGGAAGCGCUGAAUCACUUGUCUCUUAGACAUAACGAGUUUAAACCUCCAAGAAGACCCAGGGUCCCUGUAUGGAUCACCAACCAUCUUUUUGUGAUUACUGUUGUUUGGCAGUUCAUGUGCAUAGUGGCUCUCACAGUGCUUCAAACUUUCACUCACAAACUCAAGGGUAAAGAGAAGCUUGCAUUUGUUUUGACCAUCACAAUUAUGGUUCUUUUUCAAGCUGUCAAUCUCCUGCUGGUGUUUAUUACAUCAGUAAAACUGACAAAACAGUUUCUGCAUCACACAGUUACCAGAUCAUUUCUAGGCCAGUCUUACUUAUCAAUGACAUUGCUGUUUGCUGGACUGUAUACAUUACUGUAUAGAAUUGAUAAAAGUUCCUUCAAGGACCUUGGUGGACUUGGACUUCAAGGCGAUGUCUUAUACUCAGUCAUACUCUUUAUCAAAAUGCUGUUUUAUUCCAUAUCUAUUGGGACACUAUGUGGUGCGGGACACAUAGUUGCAGCUACUUGGUACGCGCAAAUGAUAACAGGCUUGCAGAUGCUGAUGAGCUAUGUGUACUUCGCGUCUGUUUUGUCUAUCACUAUUCACCCACCACGGAAGAUAAACCAUCAGAUGUGGAGAAAGGGCGCGCGCACGAAUAGAUCAUACGGAGCUAUCAAAACCGUCUAAUAACCGCGUCGGGCUGUACUCAACUCCCCCUUCUGAAAACUUUGGAAUUCUAUUCAAAACAUACCAUCAAAAAGAAAAGUCGGGCAAUACUAUUCCUGAAGCCGAAGGAGUAUUAAAAGAUGUUAAAAACAAAUACAUUUAGCACUAACGAUGUAAUAUGUAUACCCGUUUAGAUUAUACAGUAAAUCCCGGCGAGAAUAACCUAGACUUUCUCAUUUUUAUUUUCUAGAAAAAAAAGGUUCGAAUAUACAAAUAGUUUAUUGCAAAUUUAGCCUGUUUGGGUUCUUAAAUGGGCUCUUAAUUGUUAUGACCCAAAUAUAAUAUAAUUAAUUUAGUAAAGUGGUAAUUAUCCCAUUUCUAUUCAUUUAAAUGUUUAUUCAUAUACAUAGUAAUUCUCAAUGAAAUAAUCGCUAAAAUUAUGUUGUUGAUUAUCAUCAUAACACCCUUAGUCAGUAUCUGUGGUAACAUUUUAAACGUUGCAUCAGCAUUUUAACUAUGUUGCACAUACAUAAAAAACAACGAACAGCCUAUCCAAAAAUUCACAACGAUUGUAAAAUUAAUAGUUUGCAUGUAAUUGAGCGAACCCAUAUAGUUGUAAUAGAAAUUUCCGAUUAAGAUUAUACAGUAUAGAAAUCUCCUUAACAUCAAAGUCACAGGGAGGGCUGUUCGCAGGGGGGAAGGGUGUAUACAUGUAACAUCUGUAAAACUAUUUGAUACUCCAAAAACUGGAGUUUUUGGAGUAUUGUAUUCAUUGUUCUGGUACGAGAUCGCGACAGUUUGGGCUUUUUGAUUCUAUUGUAAAACUAUUUGAUACUCCAAAAACUGGAGUUUUUGGAGUAUUGUAUUCAUUGUUCUGGUACGAGAUCGCGACAGUUUGGGCUUUUUGAUUCUAUUGUAAAACUAUUUGAAUACAUGUAAGAAACAGCGUGCUAAAAAACACAUUUGGCAUAAUAUUUCAGAAGUACCGCGAAACAACCACAAUUUGCUAAAACAGGUUCUUGUAAGUAGGGGCAAUUAUAUAUGUGUAUUAUAUUAGUGUCGGUGUUUUUGUAAAUCUGGCUUUUCUUAUUUUAAGACUUCAAUCAUAUGUUAGAGCAGACAAAUGUUUUCUCAAAGCCGAUCCAAAUAGCGUCCGGGAAGGGGGACAACUCUUGCUUUUCAAAUUCUUGUGAUUUUUCAUUCGUGAAAGAGUAAUAAAGAUUGAUACUUUCAUGA